CCCGGCCCCGGCGGGAGCCUGGAGCGGGCGGCGGCACGGGCGGGACGCUCCGGGGCCGUGGGGAAGAGGCAGGAGAACCCAGUGAGACCCAGGACAGAGCUUCCACCUUCCCUGCAGCCUCCCUUGGCCUCUGGCAGCUGCCUGUGAGCUAAUGUGCAGAAACUCCUCUGGAUCCCUGGUGAUGCCGUGUCCCCUCACCCACAGGUCGUGUCCCCACAGUGCUGAUGUGACACCCACCACUGCCUGCUCGUUGCCAGGGCUAUGGGGAAACUGCAGAGUAAAAUCAGCUUCCACACCACCAAAUACAGGGCCGAUGGCUCCGUGGGACAGACGGGACCCGCUGGUGCCCCCCAGCAGCACAGCCCUGCUCACACGGACGCUGUCACCUCUGUGGCUGCUCUCAGACCAGACCUGUGUGUGUCAGGAGGAAGGGAUAAGAGCGUGGCCGUGUCCAGCUGGAGGUCUGGGGCUGCCCUGCGCCGCUUCAUCGGCCACGAGCGCGAGGUCACCAAGGUCACCUCAGCCCUUGACUCCAACAGAGUCUUCAGCGCAUCCCGGGACAAGACAGUGAUGAUGUGGGAGCUUCACGGGGCUUCGGAGCCAAGCCAGCACUUCCCAGGACAUGACCUGGUUGUUACUGGACUGGCUGUGAGCCCAGACGCCUCCCAGCUGUGCACAGGCUCUCGGGACAACACCGUGUGCAAGUGGGACACCGAGACCGGGGAGUGUCUGGGCAGAGCUGCAAUCUCCAGGAAUCUGGUCACACACCUGUGCUGGGUUCCUGGGGAGCCUUAUGUCAUCCAGACCUCAGAGGAUAAAACCACCAGGGUGUGGGACAGCCGGGAGCUGCAGGUGGCACACACGUUCCCAGCCAAGCAGCACAUCCAGACGUGCUGUGACGUGAGCCAGGACGGGCGGUACUGCCUCAGCAGCAGCAGCGGCUGCGCCGGCCACGGCGCCGAGGCCACCCUCUGGGACCUGAGGCAGACCAGGGGCCGAGUGUGUGAGUACAAAGGGCAUUUUCAGACCACCACCUCGUGUGUUUUCCUGCCCCGGGGCCCAGCGCUCGCCCCCAGCAUUGCCACAUCCUCCAGCGACAGCACAGUGAAGGUCUGGGACCAAGACACUGCAGCCUGCCUGGCCACGCUGCGCCUCGAGGGCUCGGGCCCACUGGCCUCGCUGGCCGCCUGCGACAGCUCCACCCUGCUCUGUGCCAGCUCCAACUCCGGCAUCCACGUGCUCCGCGUCAGCGGCGGCGCAGAGCCGGCCCUGGAGGAGGUGGCAGCGUUCUGAGCACUGGAACCUCCUGUCCGAGACUGUCCCAGGAGGGGACGUGACCCCCAAGAGCUCCCCGACCAUGGGCAGCAGGGACUCCGUGCCUGUGGAGUGGGGAUGUGUGAGCAGGAGCUGGGGGAGUUGCUGGUUGGUUUGGGGGUGGCAGGGAGGCACCAGGGCUGUCCAGAAGAGCCAAACCCUGGGAGCCUUCAGGCCAAGCUCUUGCUCCUGACUGAGCCUCCUGCAUUUUCCUUACAAAGCCUCCUUGCAGAGCCAGAGGCAGGGGAUGGCCAGAGGGAGGAGAUGAGAUGCCAGGACCAAGGAACCUGAGCAUCAGGCUGAGCACACACAGCCAGACCUGGGCUUGGACCAGAGACUGCAUUAAAUAAUUCUGUUAGUU